AUGAAUUUUGCAAAGAGACACGGCGAUAUGUCAAUGGACAUGGCGACAUCGACAAUGGCGAUGGCGAUGGAGACGGCGUCAGCAGCAAUGGACAUGGCGCACGCCCACGAGACGGGGUCAACGGAAUCGUCGUCCGGCAUGGGGAUGCACAUGUGGUUCACCGCCGAGUUCAAAGAUUACCCCGUGAUAUUCCGCAGCUUGGCCGCUUCCACCAAAGGUGAAGCGUUUGGCAUAUUCAUCUUGUUGUUCGUGAUCGCGUUCUUGGCGCGCUUAUUGGAGUUUGUCCGCAAUUACUUGGAAGAAGUUGUGUGGCACAAUCCGCAGUAUCUGGAGUUUGAUAAUGGCGUCGUGAACCAUAGCGCCAAUUUGAACCCUACUCAAACUCAAACGCAGAUUGGUGCUACAAGGACCAGUGGCGAUUUCUCGAUGGAUAAGACCUCGGGGGUUAAUGACGAGGCGCAUUCGCAGCCUACCGUGACUAACACCAAGACAAAUGUCGGCACGGCGAGCCGGGUGGUUAGAGAUGCCAUCAGAUUGGCCUUGUGCAUCAUCCCGGAUCUUUUCGGGUAUACUUUGAUGUUGGCUGCUAUGACUUACACUUUGACCUACUUCUUUGCGGUUGUGGUUGGUUCUGGUGUCGGUAGGUUCACAAGUGAGAGAUUGACUGAAAGGUUCAGAUUGAAAAGAAAAAUCCCUACUCGCUGUGUUUGCUAG